CUGAUGUUCAAAUAAAACCCUUCGAUGGGAAUUACCUAGAAUAUCGUCCUUUCAUUGAAAUGUUCACAGCUCUUAUCCACAAUGACACAAUGACUGAUGAUGUACAAAAACUAUUUUAUCUGCGCAGCUACCUUAAGGGUGAACCUUACGAUUUCAUUAAAAACUUACCAGUGGUAGGCACAAGCUAUGUAGAAGCACUAACAAUUCUAAAAAAUCGUUAUGAUAACACAUGCAGGAUUAUUUAUGAGCACAUCUUCUGCUUAUUUGAUUUGGCCGGCAUGGAGGGCUAUUCUAAUGCCUCCAGUUUAAGACAGCUAAUCUCACAAGUUAAGCAGAACAUUGCUGCAUUAAAGAACUUAGGGGAGGCCGUUGAUCAGUGGGAUAAUGUGAUGGUUUGCUUGCUUAUUAGGAAAAUUGACUCUGAGAGUAGUAAAGCUUAUUAUUUGCAACAUAAUAACAAUGCAAAGCCUACAUUGAGCGAAUUUCUAACAUUUCUAGAGCAACGUGCCUUUGCCCUCGAGAGCAUGGAAGGUAAAAGAGAAACACAAAGUGUUUCUAUGCCGAGGAAACUUCAGGUGUCCAACGUGGUUGUGAAGGAAGCAAAAUGCCUGUACUGUGGUGCUUCUGCCGCAGCCUGAGAAGCUCCAACAACGUGAUGCUACACAACCCUGCUUCAUACACACACACUUUGGAUAUGUAGUAGGAGGUAGUCUCCCGAGCUCAACUCAACAAGGAACUGCUGUUUCAUUAUUUUGCCAAGAAUGUGAAACUGACAUUGGUAAAACA